UCAACUUAAAUCAAGCUAAAACAAACAUGGAGGUACAAAACGUGCCAUUGGUAUCAUUCAUAAUCUCUCUAAUAACCAUCGUUUGCACUUGCAAGAUCUUGCUCAGCUCAAUCACAAGAACGCCCAAAAAGAACCAUCCUCCAAACCCACCCUCUUUCCCCAUCGUCGGCCACCUCCUUAGCCUCAAGAAGCCCGUCCACCGCACCCUCCUCGCCCUCUCCCGAACCCAUGGCCCCAUAAUCUCCCUAAGCCUCGGUGUCCGCCACCUGCUCGUCAUCUCCUCGAAGUCGCUGGCCGAAGAAUGUCUUCAAUCUCCGCCGAACGACACAUCUAAAGAAUCAACGUUGACGGAACUAACUCUCAACAUGAUGAUGAGGGUCAUGGCAGGGAAGAGGUACUAUGGGGAGGACGUGACAGAUGUCAAGGAAGUGAAGGCAUUCAGGGACAUGAUCGAGGAGGUUAUGAGGUUUGGCAUGACAAUUUUUCCUGCAGAUUAUCUGCCGGUGCUAAGGUGGAUUGAUUGGCGGGGAUAUGAGAAGAGGGGGUCUGAGCUCGGGAAGAAGAUGGAUAGGUUGUUGCAGGGACUGGUCGACGAGCACAGGAAUAAGGAGGAGGAGAAGGAGAAGAGCAUGAUCGAUCACCUCCUGUGGUUGCAGGCAUCGCAGCCGGAGUAUUACACGGACGAGAUCAUCAAGGGGUUCGUGCAGACAAUCUUGUUUGCUAGAACCGACACAUCUUCAGUCACAAUGGAGUGGGCACUCGCUAAUUUGCUCAAUCACCCCAAUAUGUUGGAGAAAGCAAGAGUAGAGAUCGACACUCAAAUCGGUCCAGAUCGUUUAGUUGACGAAUCGGAUCUUUCAAGAUUACCUUAUAUUCAUAAUAUCAUAUUGGAAACGCUUCGAUUACACCCACCAGCCCCACUUCUUAUACCACACUACUCAUCGGAUGACUGCGAAAUAGGAGGCUACGGCGUGUCGAGAGGCACAAUGGUACUGAUUAAUGCUUGGGCCAUUCACAGAGAUCCCGACCAAUGGUCGGACCCGACGAGCUUCAAACCUGAAAGAUUUGAAAGUGGUGAUGAUAAAUGGAAUAGGCUGAUGUUGCCUUUUGGGUUGGGGAGGAGAGCAUGCCCUGGUGCUCAGUUGGCUCAUAAAAUAAUGGGCUUUGCUUUGGCUUCCCUAAUUCAGUGCUUUGAAUGGAAGAGGAUUGGUGAAGAGGAAGUCGACAUGACUGAGGGUGCGGGGUUGACAAUGCCUAAGAAAAAGCCAUUGGAAGCAUCGUACAAGCCACGUGAAAUCAUGGAGAGAAUUCUGUCUGAGUCAUCUAAUCCUUAAUGUAUGAAGGUGGUCCAUUGCUUCACAGUUUCCGAUAACGGGUUGGUUUUGAUAAUGUAAUAGAGUGGCUCUUUUUUAAGGAUUAAUUGGUAAGUUCGGCUUUGUAUUAACCGAUAGAUAAUUUCUCUAACA